AUGGUUGAAAUCACGCCUUUAGAGUCCAGAAUAAUUAGACAAGUUGAGUAUUACUUUGGAGAUGUAAAUCUGUCACGUGAUAAGUUCAUGAAAGAGGCUGUUAAAGAGAAUGACGGAUGGAUUCCUAUGGAGACAAUGAUUAAAUUUAAUCGUCUAAAGUCUUUGUCAGAGGAUGUUGAGUUCAUAAAGAAGUCAGUAUCCAAGUCACAGUCCGGGUUGAUUGAAGUAGGCGAAAAAGGUCUUCGAAGAAAUCCUGAAAUGAAAGUUCCUGAAACAUUUGAGACAGCUCUUAACAGCUAUAAAGAAAAUGGUGUCUAUGUUAAAGGCUUCUCUCCUGACGAAAAAUUGGACGAAAUUAUUGAAUGGCUUGAAAAACACGGUGGCAAAACCCUUGAUGUGCAUAUGCGCAGAUUUCCACGAGACAAAAAGUUCAGGGGAAGCAUAUUUGCUAUUUUUGAGAAGAAGGAGGAUUCUGAAAAGUUCCUGGCUUCACCAGAGGCUGCUACUUUCAAAGAAAAAGCUAUGGUUCGUUCAACCCAAAUCGAUUAUUGGAAACGCAAAGAAGAAGAAAACAAGGCUAAAGUUGCUUCACAAGCCAAAAAGAAAGCUGCACUUGAAGCUAACCAGGAAGCUCAAGUUAAUUCUCGAAUGAUUCGUGGAGCAUUACUUGAAAUCGUUGGUCUCCCAGAAGCCACAAAAAAAAAUGAUGCAGUUGAAGGGGAAGACGCUACAACUGAGAAAUCAAAAGAGUCGUCAGUGAAUGACAGUAAAGACUCAGAAGCACCAACAGUUAUGAACUUAAAACAGUGGUUGAACGAAAAGCUUGACUCGAGUACUCCUGUGGGAUGGAUUGAUAUCGAACCAUCUGAGGGAAAAGCUGUAAUACGAUUCAAACAACCUGAUACAGCAGAAAAAGCAUGGGCUAAAUUAAAAGAAGCAUUUGGCGAUAGUCCUGUUACUUAUUUAAACAGUGAAUUAUCAGGUCGCAUAAUUACUGGUGACGAAGAGAAGAAUCAGUGGAAAGUGAUCCUGGCAGCUCAGCAACAGAAAGCUCAGAAACGACGUGGAGGACGUAGUGAUGGAAGACAAAUUCGUAACAAACGACGUCGUACGAACUAA